CAGAAUACUUGUGGAGCUACAUGGUCUCGAUUAUAUCGGUUGCAUCUAGCUACACUUCAGUUGACGUUAAAGAAAUAGUAAUUAACAGCAUUCAGUCACUACCAUCAAAAUUUCAUUAUUUUCAUUCGACCGAGCAGUGUCUUUUGCUACAAACUCUUUGGUAAUCCAUUACAACAGGGAUGGCCUAUAACUAGUUGUUUCCUUUAAAAUGGAAGUCAAUCCUGCGCAAGAUUCAGAAAUAACAUCAGAUAGUUCAAAACAGUCCUCUGAUUAGGAUGCGAUUAGUGGCCAGUCAGAUUCCACAGACGAAAUAAACCAGAUAUUUAUGGCAAAAUUAAAAUUAAAUGAGCCUUCUUUAGUUCCAGUUGAUUCAAAUUCAAAUGGAAACAAUUCUCCUGCGCCAAACGACUCAUCUCCGCCACAAAACAACGCUUCAUCCAUAAAUGCUGUAACACUCUCUGCGACGAUUGAGAGUCAAGGCAAACAAACGACGAAUGUAGGACAAGAAGAAGGGCGACAGAAACAAAAAACAGUUAAACAAUCAAAGCCGGCUAAUUCAAAUCCGAUUACACAUGAUAAUUCAAAAUCCACAAGUGAAGAGGUCCCAUUUCCAGGUAACAAGCAAAAAACUGUAACCCCUGUUAUCCUGAUGGAACAGAAAGCUCAAUCCAAAUCACAAAAAUAUCAGCCACGGUUGAACUGUACUAACUCACUAGUAUCUUUAACUAUUGUCACAUUACUAGCAAUAUGUUUAGGUUUUAUUAAAGUUGAUUUCCUGCUUCCUUCCUUCGAUGGUUGGAAUAACAAGAUAUCAACUUCAUCGAAUACUUUCAGUCAUCAAGCAAUGGAAUUAAUUGAUGAAAUGCAAAAAACGUUUCCAUUUCAAAAAAAAGGAACGUGGAUAAGUUUUCUCUCAGCACUCAAUAGUGUUACAGAAGAGGAACCAUCUCAACCAGCAGUCCUUCUUUUUGUUAGCGGAAACGCUGCAAUGCGUACUAUGCAGAAUAUCGCUCAAACUUUGGCUAUCAACACCAACAAGCUAUUACACACGACCAACUCCGCCAAGGCCAACUUCCAAGGAGUAACAGUUAAAGUUGAUGAAAUUGCCGAUCUUCUGCGACAGGACGACACUAUCAAACAAGAACUAGAUGAACAAAUCCAUUCUAUCCUUAGCCAGUCUUUUUCAGUUAUUCUUGGACCUUUAGAGAAGAUCCCACCACAAGCAGCCUUACUUUUGCACGGGUACUGCGACAAUUUCAUGGCUCCUUUCAAGAAAAGUGUAAUCAUUUUGACUGCAACGUUUGAUUAUGAAAUACCGCGCAAUUCAAAAGAGGUAGAACAGAAACUUCACAGCCUAUGGGAUCCCACAUUAGGCAUAGACAAAUCCGCUUCUAUUGUAUCACGGGUGGCGAAUAACGUGGUUUUCAUCGAACCAGAAACCGACUCCACACCACGUAAUGAAAUUGGACGUGCCUAAUCAUUGGAAAAUAAUUUUGACACAAUGAAAAAUGUUGUUCCUGAAUAAUGCCGUGAUAUGAUCGAUAACCAAAUAUUGUAAAGGACAAAAAAAUAUUAAAUAUAUCAAAAUAAUUUUAAAAAAUUAAA